AUGGCAACACAUGCACAGAAAUCGGCGUUGUUCGCAGACUGGUCCGAGCACUGCUGGUUGCAUCCCGUGCACGGGACUCCUGCACAAUAUCCCUUGCAAGUUGCCAAAAAGGAAGGUCAUGAGGGCCUUCAACACGUCUUGGAAGAAGCUGCCAGCGGCAUUGGCCAACUACCGCAUUCGAAGCCAAUGCCCUUGCUUUUGACCAAGCGCGGGAUCCAGUGCCAGGAUCAAGCUGAUCAUGCAGCGAUCAAUGUCAGCACAUGGAAGUCAAACAGCCUCCUGAUUCGCUUGGAGUUUUCAGACGUUAUCUGUGCCGGCACCCGUAUGCAGCCAGAUGAUGGGCCCACACAUGUUCUGCUCAUUGCUCUCGAAGCUCCUGAAUCAGAUCCUUACCGUCCGGUCUGGCUGAUUUGUGGACGUUUCCGUCCCGACAGUUUGCAGGACUGCUUGGAACACAUGGGCGAACGCGGAGCUGUGCGAUGGAAUUUGUCCGAAAACUACAACGCAUUGAAACCCUGUGGACGAGGCCUCCAUGGCAGUGUCUUCGUCGGAGUGUCGAAGGUGCCCUUGCCGAAGCGGAAGUUGGAGCAGGUUCGAUCCCGCAAAGUCGCCAUCAAGGUGAUGCAUUCGGAUGAGGCCUGUGCAAGAAGGGAGGUUCGACUCAUGUCUCAGUUCCACGAGCAUCCGAACAUCGUGUCCCUGCUGGGAGCGUUCCACUAUUCAGAAAAAGCCUGCGAUGAUUCAACACUUGCACUUGUCAUGGAGCUUGGUGUUCGGGGGGAUGUGGCGGAUCUUAUCGGAAGCGGAGCAGUAUCUUGGUGCAGAGGGAUCCAGAUUAUGGUUGGUGUGACCUCAGCUCUUGCCUUCCUGCACGACCGACGUGUAGUUCAUCGGGAUGUGAAGCCUGAAAAUGUUGUCCUCCAUGCUGACAUGCGCGCGGUGCUCAUCGACUUCAGCAUUGCAGCAUCUUUGGAUGAUGCUGUGGCCCUGCGAACGUGUGCUGGUACGCCAGGAUAUGUCGCUCCAGAAAUUAUCGAGGGACUGCCCUAUGACGAAGGAGUGGAUGUGUUUUCCGCCGGUGUUCUGUGGUUCGUGCUUCUGUCAAGGCGCUUGCCCUUCUCUGGCCAAGGGGCGAAGGAGAUUCUGGCCAGCUCUUUGAGAUGUGACAUGCAGCUUGCCUUCACGUUCCUCGCAAAUCGUGAUGAGCUUGGAGUUCGACCACUUCUCCGAGGAAUGCUGAGUAAGGAACCUUCCCGGCGCUUCUCGGCACGAGAAGCCUUCGUCUCAUUCUGGUCAUUGUCAGCGGAUGUUCGUCAGAAUCCGGUGUGCAUUCAGUCAAAGAGGGUGUUAGCCGCCGAUGGUCUUGUGCCGUUGUUUGACACCUACACAUCCAUUCCAGGUCAGGAAGCGUCCGUGAUACCGCGAGAGACAGCGACAGGUCGUUGCGGAUCACAUGAGCCGAAAGGAGUUGCAGCACAUGUGCUCGAAUAUGUGUUGCAGACAUUCUGCUUUCAGCGACUGCAUGUUUUCGGGACUCAUCAGCUCCUGACUGUGAACGCUCACUAG